AACGCCUUAAAGCUCUCCAUUUCACGCUGUUUGGAUACCGAGAAAAUUGAAAAGGAAAAUGGCGCAUACCCUGGCGAUGCCCGUCGCACCUUCUCUCUCCUUUAUAUGCAACAAAAUGAGCUCUAUGCCUCUCUCCAACACUGCUUCACUCCCAAUUCCAAACCCUCCGAAGCAUCGUAGUCUAAGCAUUGUCUGCGUUCGUGUUGGCGGAGUGGAAAUUCCAAACAACAAGAGAGUGGAAUUCUCUGUGCAGUACAUCCGUGGAAUCGGUCGCACGAGGGCUCGUAAAAUCCUCUGUGAUCUCGAAAUGGAGAACAAAAUCACCAAAGAUUUGUCUGAAGAUGAGCUCAUUACGCUUCGUGAUGAAGUCUCCAAGUACAUGAUUGAAGGCGACUUGAGGCGGUUUAAUGCCCUUAACAUAAGGCGAUUGAAAGAGAUUCAAUGCUACCGCGGGAUUCGCCAUAUUCAGGGACUUCCUUGCAGAGGACAGCACACAAAGAACAACUGUCGGACUUUGAAGGGUAAGAGGGUUGCUAUUGCUGGUAAGAAGAAAGCCCCUCGUUAAUCAGUAACUUCUUUUGUUUCGAUGAAGAGAUUUUGUGUUUACGUUUGUUUUGAAAUGAAUAGCUUGUUGACUUGCAGUACAAUAUAAAUCAUUUCGAUCUGGUAUCAAAAUUGGAUUUGCAGUCUCCCU